AUGAAAAUUACAUUAUUCUCAAGUAAACCAUAUUGGGUAAAAUGGUUCAAUGAAUUAAAUAAAUUUUCAUAUGAAAUUAAUUAUGUUACCAGUGCAUGUGAUAUUAAAUCAGUUAAUGAAGCAAAAGGAUCAGAAGCAGUUUGUUGUUUUGUAAAUGAUGAUCUUUCAAAAGAAGUUAUUGAAACAUUACAUUCAAAUGGUACUAAGGUUAUUUUAAUGAGAUGUGCAGGUUUUAAUAAGGUCGAUUUGGAUACUGCCAAUAAAUUAGGAAUCCCAGUAUUAAGAGUACCAGCCUAUUCACCAAAUGCAGUAUCAGAGUAUGCACUUUCAUUAAUUAUGGCAUUGAAUAGAAAGACCCAUAAGGCCCACGACCGUGUUAGAGAUGCAAAUUUCGAAAUCAAUGGUAUGGAAGGUUUCAAUAUGGUUAGCAAAGUUUAUGGUAUCGUUGGUACUGGUAACAUUGGUGAACAAUUAUGUCGUGUAUUAAAAUUAGGUUUUGGUGCAAAAGUGAUCGCAUAUGAUAUCAUUGAAAAUAAAGCAGUCACUGAUAUCGGUAUCGAGUACGUAAAGACUUUAGACGAAAUUUGGAAACAAUGUGAUGUCAUCUCAUUACACACUCCAUUGAAUUCUCAAACUAAAUAUAUGGUAAACUCUGAAUCCAUCGAAAAGAUGAGAGAUGGUGUUAUGAUUAUCAACGUUUCAAGAGGUGCUUUAGUUAAUGCUUCUGAUGCAAUUGUUGGUUUAAAAUCUGGUAAAAUCAGUUCACUUGGUAUGGAUGUCUAUGAAAAUGAAACCGAUUACUUUUAUCAAGAUCACAAUGGUUCAAUCAUUAAAGAUGAUAAUCUCUCUUUAUUAAUCUCUUAUCCAAAUGUUAUGAUCACUUCCCAUCAAGCAUGGUACACUAAAGAAGCCAUUUCUUGUAUCUGUGGUACUUCACUUCAAAAUUUCGUUGAUUUUAGAUCAAAUCAAAUUAAAAAAUCAAAUUUAGUUAAUAAUCCAAUUUCAUCACAACCAACACAAUAA